AGAAUCAGAUAUUUAUUGAAUGUGUUCAUCGUGAAUUUCUAUGUGGAUAAGAUGUUAAACUCAGUAAAGAAUAUACUUCAUCCAAAGCGCAAGGAUGAGCUUGACGCGGAGUACAAGCGUUUGUUUAUGGACUUGAUGGAACAGGUAUGGUCUAGGAUACCAUGUAUCGACCUGGGCAUUGGCGGUCAUCUCAGUCCCUAUUGGCGACAUAAAAUAGAGAAACUUCCACGGGAGAUUCGGCAAGAAAUUGUCAAUAGAAAAUCCAAUGGAUGCUCUCCACUGUUUGAGGCGUGCAGACGAGGUCUUGCUGAGGUUGUUGAAUAUCUAUGCAGUACUUGCGGGGCAGAUGUGGAACAGAAGGGCCUCUAUGCAGUUGACAACGAAAAGUUAGAUCACGUUGUGACUCCUCUCUGGUGCGCUGCAGUCGCUGGGCACGAGAACGUAGUUAAAAUUCUCAUCAAGCACGGCGCAAACGUGAACAGCGUAUCAGACACUGGCUCAACUCCAAUUCGCAGCGCGUGCUACAUGAGUCACAUUAAGAUCGUCCAAUAUUUGGUUGCGUCUGGUGCUGACAUCCUCAAGCCUAACUUCAAUGGCGGUACUUGUCUGAUAAACUCGGUUCAAAGCGCUGAACUGUGCCAGUUUUUGCUUGAUCAUGGAGCUGACAUUAAUGCUCAAGAUAUCAAGAAUAAAACAGCCUUGCAUUACGCUGUAGAAGAGAACAGGUUUGAAACUGUGAAGCUGCUCAUUGAACAUGGAGCGGAUCCCUUCCUAAGAAGUCGCAUGGGCGACGACGCUCUACAAACUGCGUGCCUGAAAGGUGCACACCAGGUUCUCUCUUAUAUGGUCAAGAAGCUAAGUAUUCCUAAGGGUCGUAUUGCUGACUGUUACGAAUUAAUGGGAUCAACUUUCCUGGAUGACCGUAAUGAUAUUCAUGUAGCUAUUAUGUACUGGCGUAGAGCGGUCUUUCUUAGAAAGUCCGCUGGAGUUGUGAAAAUAGUUGAUGCUCCUUGUAGCACUUUUGACUGGGCACAGGAGUUCAUCAGCGAAGAAGAUCUGGACAGCAUCAUAGUGGAUCUAGAUGCCAUCAGAAUACAGAGCUUGCUGAUAUGCAUGCGCGUGCUGGGACGUGCUCACAAGGAUACAAUUUAUCGGCUAACAAUUCGGGGAGCCGCCUACGCUGAUUCUCAUCAGUUCCAACGGUGCAUCCGGCUGUGGCUUCUGGCGUUGGAGAUAAGAAUACUCAAGGAUUCAAUUCUGUCCAUUGAUGUGUACUCAAAUUCUCAUGCUUUUGUGAAAUUGUUACUCGACAUGAUGCGUUUCCCUCCCGAAGAAAUGAAGCAGAUCGUAUUAUUUGACGACGUUUUCCGGGUUUUAAAACUGAUUGGUGAUGAGCUUGAGUCAAACAUGGGCCUUUUGAACAUACAACCUGUAAGUAUACAUCAGCAGAACACUUACGACCAAACCCUGAUCGUGUUCCUAUACCUUCUCUACGUCACGCUGCGUAUUGAGCCAACAUUUGAACAAAUGCGGUCGUUGACUUCGCACUUGAGUAAAAUUGUUCAGCUAAAUCCCGUGUCUGUUCAAGGCAAAAUGACUCUACUGCACAUGAGCGUUACCAUGAGCUCCCUGAUAGCCCCGCCUACGCCAAGUUCGUACCCCACAUCCCGCAACACCUGCUAUUUCCCCGACUUGAAGGUGGCCUCCCUUCUGCUCGACUGCGGCGCUCAAGUAAACGCUCGUUCAACAGGCGGGUGUUCACCUCUCUACCUAGCGUCUUCAGGUCACCACUACCGCAAGGAGAUAGUUGAGAUGCUGCUGAUACGAGGCGCUCAUAUGGACCAAGCGACCACCGGGUUUGACCACGCUGGCCUUGUGCUGGCGCGUAACAGUGCUGCCCUGCUUGACAAGCUGCUGGUGCCGGUGCCUUCACUCAAAUGUUUAGCAGCCCGCGCCAUCCGUCGUAGCCACUACUACCCAGUGAUGUCUGGCGCCCUGCCUCAACACCUCUACAGCUUCAUCGACCUCCACUAAACAGCACGAGCUUUAGCUCGUCUUCAAUUUUGUUCACGUUAAAGGAGGUAAAAUCACUUCCUUACCGUAGGGCGCUUCCACAGAGUAAAUUGCGCAUUAAGCCCCAAAUUUACCUACUUUUUCAUUUGAUUUAGCCACCAAGACAGUAGAAACGUCCAAAAGCGUCGCUAAUAAACAAUCUGUGUUACAGCAUUUAAUGCUAAAGUGAGGUGGAAAUUUUUUUUGGCUUGUAGGAGAAAUUUCACAUUGAAUUCGUCACCAUUUCAUGAGAUUUUGUUUCGUCAACGAUUUAUUGCCGUAAUUUAACCGCAGUUUGAUUAUUACCCAGCAUUUGUCACCUAAGUCGUUAUUAUUUCUUGAAAUCUGAAUGGGUUACAGCCCUUAAUAAAAUCACAGAGAAGAGUUUUAUAGAUCUCUUCUAAUGAAUUUACUGGUACGUCGCCUUCUUUGGAGUAAAUCCCGAGUGCGAAUAAUUUAGCUCAUUGUUUCUGAUAUUUUUACUGUUUUGUGAAAGAUUUUAUGCAUGAAUUUAGAUAAUUUUAGCUGCCACUUGAUGGUUAUCCACCAAUUUGGUUGAAAGUAAUUGUUUCUAUAUUAGAUAAAUUUAUUUGUCUUUUGGUUGCUAUAUGUGAGUAAUGAUUUGGAGGCACUGGAGUCGGAUUUUCAGUGGCAUCCACCUUGCUCCUGAUGAGGCUGUGCCUGCAAGUAUUGGCGGCCAACUUAUGUACGCCAAAUUUACUGAAUUAAAAUCUUUUGAUAAGUUAAAGUGUUGGAUCAAAACAAGUCUAUUCAUGAGAUCGUGCGGUCCUAGUCAUUAUGACGACAUAAGUUAAUUUUCGAAGGAAAUUACGAAUUGUACUGAGCAUAAUAGAAUGUGAUAAUUAGAUCUAUCGCUGCCAAGCGAAAAAGUGAUGAUAUUGUUACUAGCAAUACAUUUUGUCCAUUUAACAACGUACCGACAUGACUGCUCAACUUCUCUAUUAUACCAUUUUUUGGGGCUUCUCUUGAAAUAUAUCGGCAUUAUAUUAUAGUCUUCCGUGUGCCUUAAUUCUAAAUCCGAAUAAUAUACUUAUAUACCUCCUAAAUAAUUGGAUAUAAUACUUGCUUUUUAUCAUUGGGCUUUUUCUUGAUUGUGUGUCUUUUUCAUGUGUUUUUUGUGAUUGUUCUUACUUGCGCCUGCGGGCUAUUCACGCAGGGGUCUAUAAGCGUAGACGUGUUGCAGGAAGGGCAAGCGAAGAGAUGAUGAGUGAACUAAGUAAGGUUUUCGCACUCUGGGCAUCUGACCGUCGGUGUUCGCCCCCACACACAUAACUUGAAAGACGCCAGCAAACUUUAGUGACCCGACCGACCGAGCGUGUGUGUAGAGGUUAGGGGGGUUACAGAAGGACUGCCAUGUAAAGCAUCGCAACGGUGUCUUUUUAAUCUUAGUCUACGGUCUUAGUGUCUUCUUCUUACUUAAUCGCUUUGCCUCUUCAUGGGAGCUGGGGGGCAUGAUUCCAUUCUCCCUAAGAUAUAUUACGUGGCCAAAACGCGACAGGAGACCAGCUUCCGUGGAUCUACCGCGGAGAGAAGCGAAAAAUGCCGGGCAAGACCAAUGCUUAGCAUGCCGGCCGUCCUGUUGCCGUUCGGGCGUUGCCUUUACCAUGAGGAAGAAGGAGUAAUGAGUGUUUCAAGUGGCUCCCAGGAUUUAGAAUUUCAUCCAGCGAAAUAUAGCCGUUGUUAAUGUGGUGUUGGGACGCAUGCAGGAUUGAUGGAUGUCCAGAGUGAAGAGCUUGACAGAGACUAUCCCGGCGCCAGAGCCACCUUAUUGGCGGCGGUCCAAGAGGAGCUCUGCCAGGCCUUCCUUCUCUGCGUCCAGCCUCGGGGAGGAGAUGAAGAUGGCGAGGGCGUAUGAGGCGAUGUUAGGCGGCACUGUGUGAUCGGGACUUUCCCUUGGGCUGGGUCUUAUCUGCUCAUUUUUUACGUUUUUUUUCUUAUAAUUUUCUGUAAAAUAUUUCCUCUCACCGCCGUUAAGUAAUUUGUUUAUGUGUUCUAACGAGUUAUAAGUUUCACAAUUAACCGCAAAUUUUGUCACUUGUUGUUUGCUGGCAUCGUCCUUGUGAUCAUUAAAUGUACUAUGUUAUUUAGUUAGCAAGUAUUGAUCGAUUUUCUAUUCACGUGUAUUUUAGUUUAACUUGAUGCCGAGCUUAGCUUGAGCUGUGACGGUCAAUUGGUGUGCUGCGUUCCUGAUAGUUGCGUGGGUGUCACUACUGCGUGCCCUAGGGUUUGUUAUUAGUUACAAUUCGGAUGGAAAGUGCAAUUGUAGGUAAAUAGUUAGAAAUUUAAGCUCCAAAAAACAUAAAUCUGUCUAAAAUUGAGGCUUUAACGAACUCUGUUUUUAUGCUUUCCCUAUAUUUGUGAAUCUCAUUUCUUUGGUACAGUUCGUUUCGUGUAUUCCCAGAUGUUUGAUGUGCAUUAUUGUUUAGCAUAAUAUCCUAGAUAUAGUACUUGUUUUAACUUUACGUAUUAUUUUUUUUUUCUGGUGGUGCCCGAAUUGUGGUACGCGAGAGCUUUUAAUUUAAGACUUUUUAUAAAUAGCGGUGCACUUUUGCCUUCAUGGUAACAGGACCAAUCAGUGCUAUACGUCGGCUCUCAGCUCGCACUUUGAGAUAAAAAGUGUGUCACUAGAUGGGCGAUAUGAGAGAGGUUUUAUUGAUGGUUCUGCUUACACAGAAAGUUUGGGAACCACUGUUGCAUGCAAAACACGUAUUUUACGAGUUUUAUUUGGGAGUCACCAAAUCCCUUUUGAGUGUGAAGAGUUUGCGUGUUUACCAUUUCGCAUAGAGGUUUUCCUUGAUCUGCUUUAACCGUAGAGAUUUUCUCCCUAUUAUGGGCCGCUUCGUACUGACUUUAAAACUUAGUUAUCAUAACUUGUCCAAAUGUUGCAAUCCUCAGUGUAUUGACUAUAUUCAAAAGCCUUGAAAUAUAAAGUUAGCUUUUU